GCCAUCCCCCAGUCCAAACCGGGUAGCCAAUCGCCUUGGAAUGCCGAAAGAACGCACAGACGGAAACUUAACAGCGUUAGACUUAUUAUCAGUGCCUGGUGGUUAAAACAGAAAGAAAAAAAAAGCAAGAAAAUCAGAUUUGCUGAGUGCGUUGUCACGUUAUAAACAAUGUCGUGACAAUAUCAGGAAAUCAGCGGCAAGAAUUUAACACUCAACUGCGGACGGCGAAUUUGUGAAUGAUUCUUGGAAAUUUGUGUCGGGAGUCGGGUCGGUGGGAAUGAUGCUCUGGGCGGAUUGGUUGGCUCACACAGUUCUUUCUCUCCCCGAAACGGCAUUUUAUCGCACCCCGGAGCUCUGAACACCUGGGCAGGGCGGCACAGAACCUUGAAGGAAAGUUGUGAGGGUGGCGUUGCGGCACUGCACCAGCGACAACAUGCGGAGUAACAUGGACAGAAAUUGACGGCAAAACGAGACAACUGUGACUGAGAAGCUGCAGAUCCCUUCCAUCAUUGUCAUAGCAGCCCUGAUAAGAAGAUGGAGCCACUAGGCCGGGUGGAAUGGACGCCCUUUCCCAACGACCUCAACCAUUCAGCCGCAGCACCCAACAGCUCUGUUAACGUGUCCAGCCAGAGCAUGCCUUUCCAGGGGGAGAGCACCAUGGUAACGGCCGUCAUCUCGCUCACCGUCUUCAUCAUCGGACUGACGGGCAACACGCUGGCCAUCUACGUGGUCCUGCGCUACGCCAAGAUGAAGACCGUCACCAACAUCUACAUCCUCAACCUGGCGGUGGCCGACGAGCUGUACAUCCUGGGCCUGCCCUUCCUCACCACGCAGAACGUGCUCUCCUACUGGCCCUUCGGCUCCUUCCUCUGCCGCGUGGUGAUGACCGCCGACUCCAUCAACCAGUUCACCAGCAUCUUCUGCCUGACGGUCAUGAGCAUCGACCGCUACCUGGCCGUGGUCCACCCCAUCAGGAGCACCAAGUGGCGGCGGCCCCGGGUGGCCAAGAUGAUCAACGCGACCGUGUGGUCGCUGUCCUUCGUGGUGGUGCUGCCGGUCAUCAUCUUCUCCGACGUGCAGGACCAGUUCAACACCUGCAACAUGAACUGGCCGGAGCCCAAGGCCGCCUGGUCCACCGCCUUCAUCCUCUACACGGCCAUCCUGGGCUUCUUCGGGCCGCUGCUGGUCAUCUGCCUGUGCUACCUGCUCAUCGUGGUGCGGGUCAAGUCGGCGGGCGUGCGCGCGGGCUUCACCAAGCGGCGCAAGUCGGAGCGCAAGGUGACGCGCAUGGUGGUGAUCAUCGUGGUGGUCUUCGUCCUCUGCUGGCUUCCCUUCUUCAUCAUCAACAUGGUCAACCUGGUCUUCAUCCUGCCCGAGAACAGCCUGAUGGCCGGCGUCUACUUCUUCGCCGUCAUCCUGUCCUACGUCAACAGCUGCGCCAACCCGCUGCUGUACGGCUUCCUCUCCGACAACUUCAAGCAGAGCUUCCGGAAGGUCCUCUGCAUCCACAAGGCCAACGGCGUGGAGGACGGGGACCCCAGCGUGCCCCGCACCGAGAAGACAACCACGCACGACACGUUCCUCUCCCCGAGGAAUCACGACUACAAUGGGCCCGUGCAGAACAGCCAGGCCAUCCAGUUGGAACCUUGCGGUAACUCCAAGGAGGAACUUCAGCCUUCAGUGCCCACUGUGAUUGGCCAAUCCACACUAUAAGCACUGCCCUCUCUUUGUUUCUCUCUCUCUCUCUCUUUCACCGCACACCAAAGGUAUGGCCACACACCCCAGCACCACAGUCUCAUUCUGCUGACCUCCAUCUGCACACUGAGCCCCUACCAGCAGCCACCCUCUCCUCACCACUCAGCUAUGACCUCUGACCCCUUCCGCCAACGUCAGACAGGAAGUGCAGACACUGCAUUGCCUGCUCCUUGCCCCUUCCUCCACGCUUUGCUUUCGAUCCCAGACCAAGCUUCCACACACUGACUGCCCUGAAGAGAAAUUAAAAAAUGAAGUUGGAUGAGUGAGCCUUCUUUACUGGAAGCGAUUAAAGUGUCUUUGGAAAAACAAGAAAAAAAGGAAAAAAAAGGUAAAAUGAGUGUAUAUAUGUUGACACAGACACAGUCACAAGUACACUGCAUUUACUUGUGGGUCAGAGUCACAUCCAUUAAAGCUUUACUGAGGCUUGUGUAGUUUUGUCCUCCCUGUUGCUUUCAACCAAAACAACACUAAUUUGUCAAUACAAUUAAGUGUCCCAAUAUGUCGAAGCAAAUUCAAGUGCACCACCAAAAUCAGUCUGUGAGAAAGGGCCUUUUAUAUUUAGGCUUAUUUACUCAGCUAUUCCUAAUCAGGAGCUGGAAAUUCAACAGGGCGUGUCUAUUCUGUGUGGAUGUUCACUUCAGUCUUUCUUCUGAUUGACAGACCAUCUUCAUGGUCACAUUGCUGAUUGGUAAAAGUAAAAUUGCCACAUUGAUUACAUUAUAAAAAUGGUCUCCAAAUUACCAAUAUCCGAAUACUCCUGUUGUGGAAAAUAGUGUAGUCCCAUUGUUCUCAGGAUGAAUAAACAAAUUUAUUUAUGGGUUCUUUAUUUGUAAAAUAUCUAUUGCAAGUUAAAUGCUUAUGCUACUGCUUUCAGUACAAAAAAACAGUUUGUUAAUGAUAACUCUGUUUCGGUGUGCAUUUGAUUUUGAGUCAAAAUCAUGGUCAAGGGUUGAUUGAGCCCAUGCUGUUUCUUUUUACAGUUGAUCAGGACCUCACCCCCCCCCCCUCCCCCCCAGCCUCCAACCUCCUCACUCUUUCUCCAUCAGGCCUUCACAACUGUGGUACAAAGACAUGUUUCUGCUGCAGGCACGCUCUGCACGCUGCUUAAUUUAAUCCAGAAUAGAAUUAUUUUUGUAACUGAUAUGAGUUUCUUCUUCUGUGCAAGGGUAGCUGACCCCAGAACAUGUUUUACAGGCAAACAUCUCCAUUGGUCAUACCAGAUACAGUGAGCUGCUGUAAACCCUGUUAAUCCUUUAAGGUGUAAGAUCACAUAUAUGUGAUUGGAAUGUUCUUAAAUGAUGUAACAAUCACCACUGGUGAUUGAAAGCAAUGGAGUUCUAGCACACUGACAUAGAAUUUAGAAAAAACAUUCCAAAAAACCUACUCAUCAAAGGGUUGAGGUGUAAAAGCUCAAAUAUGUGAUUAGAAUGUACUUGACUUGAACAUUCUAAUGCUGAUAUAACAAUCACCACUAGUGAUUGAAAGCAUUUUGAACCAGAAUUUUGAAAAAACAUAGAACCUAUGUACCUACUCUUAAUGUAAAUGAAAAGAGUGAGGAUGAGGGAAUUUGUGCGUUCCCUCAUCAGCUUCUGACAUGGGAGAAAAUCACUCUGAUUGGUCUUGGGCUUUCGGCAAGUUUUUGCAGAGAGCAUGACAAAAACUUUGCUGCAACUUAUGCUUAUUAUAUAGGCCCUGCAACAGUAUCGAGUUGAAGAAUGUUCUCUGGAAAUGGCAUUUUGUAAGAUUAAUAUGCCGGCUAACGUUAGCCUAGUCCAAGGUCUGUAGCAUACCUGUGGGGCCUGGCGAAUGCAUUGUCCAUUGGGUGUGGAAAUAGGAAAUGGUUCUGGCUUGGCCGGGUAUUGCCGGUCUACACCAAAGACAGGUCAUUGUUAGCGUGCUGUAGACUGAUAUUUUGAGUCCUGUAGACUGUCUGCUUUGACCCUGGAGAGCACCAGCGCCGGGGAGUUCGGCCGGGGGCUGGUGGAUGGCUCUUUCACCCUCUGCAGCUUUGGCAAAGCCAGUUCCCAUGGAGAGAUCAUGGACGAACGGCCCCAAUGCCCUUGAGUUCCUCUGUGUCCCAGAUUUCCGUCCUGUACCCACCUGUUUGGGUGAUAACUGUUCCGGAACUUUACUUGUUGUGGCAUUCCAACAUUCCGCAGAGAACUGUUCAAGACUCUACAGUGACAAGAUAUUGGACUGUACCUGCUUUGUGCUGAAACCUCCAUCAUGAGACUGCCAAACGUUCCAAUACCUGAACUUCUUAACCCCUUAUAACUGCUGAAAUGUUGCUACAUGAACUCCAGGCAAGGCAAGGUCAGUCCUUGGCUGACGAUUUUGCACAGUCUUCACUUGCUGAAUGUUUUUUUUAAAGAGGCUUUUAGAAAUGUAACAGUGCAGAUGUGUUUUUCAAGGACUCAAUGGCAGGAUCCUCCUGAGACCUGGCAGAAAGAAAGUUUAUUUUAAGUUUUUUUUUUACAUAAUACAUAAAUGUCUUGGAUAACGAAAACAUGUUGCCGUGAAAAUAUUUUCCAAAAUAUUAUUUUUUAUUGAAUGUCUCUUGCAUGAUGUUUCAAGGGGUAAUCGACAAAAUGAAUUGCCGGGUCUUGGGGGGAUAUGGUGGCUGCAGUGCUUCGUCUUGUUUGUGUUUUUGUGACGUUAAAAUGACAGUACAGCCAAAGGCCGUGUGUACGUCUCACACCCGGAUCACAGCGCACAAAGCCAACAGCCAUCGGCUCAGCUCAGUGUUUGUCGGAUUAUAUCGUGUUGCGGCCGUGGUUGUCCUGUUUGGUCUCUAAAUAUUCUGAAAACAAAAAAGGCAGACUUUUAAAGCGAUAGUGAAAUAUUUUUGUGGCCUUGUGGUCAAGAUGUUGCGUUGUAUGCUUCGAUUUGAAUAAAGCUGUGAAGUAAAAAAUACAAAAACAAA